GUAUACUCAGGACAUAAUAUAUCGAGUAAUCUCACCUCUCACCCACGAUAGCUUCACACUUACACGUAAAUUCGCUUCUCUCUCAAUUCGCUCGCUGCUCGUUGGGUUCGUUGGCCUCUGCUGCUGCGAUAGAUUCGUGUAUAGAUUCUUUGGCCUCUACUGCUGCUAAAUCUUCUAUAUCUAUCUACAAUUUGCUCGUUGGGUUUAUACACAAGAAGAGGGGUUGCUGCCAAAUCCAUUGGUUCAAUUCACAAGAGGGGUUGCUGUUAAAUCACAAGUAGAAGGGUUUCUGCCAAAUUGCUGGGUAGGUGAGUAAACUACAGGACUUCUUUCUAAAAAUUUUAUAGAGGAACAAAGACUUCUACUGCUUGGUGAUACUUGCAUGCUAAUUGCUUCAGGCCAGAGCGUGCUCAAGAAUCUGUCAAUCUGCCACAUCUUGCUGUGCUGACUACCCGAGUUACAUAUAUCCAGAACUGUCGGAGUUAGUUAGUUCUUGCUUGUGUUAGUUCCUAAUGUUCUUAAAACACUGUCAAAUGAAAUAGGUAAUAGCCAUGAAUGAUGAUGAUGCAACAUCAGGUUCUCGUUCAGUAAGCAACAAAAAGAGGGGUCCUACAAUCUGCAAAAAACUGAAAAAAAGAAUUGAAAACCAGAAAUUGGAGUGUACUAUUAAUUUUGAUGAAUAUGGUCAGCCAUGUGGGGACAUGCUUAAAGAUUUCACCAUCUAUCUAGGAUCAGUUGUUCGGUUUCAAGUUGAUAUUAAUUUGGAGAGUUAGGAUGCAGUUAAUCAAGGAUUAAAAGAUGUAAUUUGGGAUGAUAUUAAGAGUCAUUGGAAGCUUGAUGAUUCACGAAAGAAGUUUGUGUUGGAGAAAGCAGCAAAGCAUUGGCGGGAUUUCAAGGGCAAGUUGACAAAGAAUUUCCUGCGAGCCGGAAAGGAUCCUUGUGAAGUUUAUCAUUUCAUCAGCCGAGAGCAAUGGGAAACAUACAAAAAGAGACGCGAAAGUGAGGAAUUUAAGGCAAUAAGUGAGAAGGCAAAACAAAGUCAGAAACAUAAUGAACAUGUGCAUUUUCUUGGUUCGAGUGGAUAUAGAGCAAAAGACUAAGUGGUGCAUUGAGGACCCCAUAGCUAAUCUAGAAAAUUUGGAAUCUCUUGACUCGUCAAUUUUAUCGAGUGAUCGUAGCAGCCGGAGUUAUGACUGGGUUAGAGCACGUACAAAAAAGAAGGAGGACGACAGUUAUUACAUUGCAAAUAGCCAGACAAAGGAAGUCUUUGAUAAAAUGGGAGAGUUGCAGAAGCAAGUUUCAGAUGGAAGUUGGACACCACAGGGUCAUGAUGAUAUAUUAUCACGAGCACUUGGACGUAAGGAACAUGGAGGACGUGUUAGAGGUGUUGGUGGAGGAGCAAAAAUCAAAGAUGUCUUUGGAUCGGGAAAAAGCAAACAGAGUGGGGUCAUCUCAAUGGAUGAAUUGGCCACGAUCACACAAGAAAUCACAAAGAAAGUUCAGAGGGAGUGUGAUGAAAAGAUGGAGAUGAUGAACACAAAACUUCAUGGGAUCUUUCAGUAUUUAAAACAAAUGGGCCUAUCACUCCCUGAGAAUAGUUUCAUGGAUGAUAUCGAAAAUCCAAGUCCUAAGAUUGUUCGAAGUAGCUGCCAGUCAGUAGGAGGAGAAGAUCAUAUAUCAGAGCUGAUGACACCAACUCUUUGUCGGCUUUGCGUGCUGGAUAAGGUAAAAGGUAGAGUUGUUGUGGCUAGGGGCACUGUAUUCCCGUCGAACAAUGAAAGGGGUAACAUGAUCCAUAAUAAUCCAGUCGCCCCACAAAAUAUUAGAGUAUCUGUUGAUGAUGUUGUACCAGAAUAUCAACUGACUCCCCUUCCAGUGCCUUGUUCUGAACAUGAAACGAUAGGAAAUGCUGAGGGCAGUUUUGUGCAGUGGCCUAAGGAGCUCGUGAACUUAGGACAGGAUCCCGUAUCUUUGGAGAAGAAAAAAGGUCUUGAAAAAAGCCCGAAAAAUGUUGUCAGAAGGCCUGAGAGUAAAGGUUCAACCACUCCAGUGAAGAAAGGCUCGGGUGAUAAUAAUUCAACUCAAAAUUGUCGAUCCUUACGGUACUUGCUUGAGCAAUCUGGUUCAAAAGGUGCAACCUUUACUUUUCAAGAUGGAGGAAUUCCCAUUUAUGUGACAUAUGAAGAUGUUGAUCAAUUUCUAAAAAAGUGUUGGUUAAAUAUACCCAUCUUGGAAAUCUUUUCGAAGUACAUUGCGAAAUUAUGCAAAGAGCUGAACGAUGAUACAUUUGCAUUUAUGUCACCAUCUAGACUGGUGAUAAAUCACAAGCGUGACUAUAAACGUAUUGAUGAAGUCAUUCAGUAUAUGACAGAGUUUUUAGUUGCGAACAAAGAUAAGCGUUUUAUCUUUGCACCAUACAUCCAAGAUGAUCACUGGAUGUUGCUUAUGUUCAGUUUGGAAGAAAGUGUUAUUUAUGUGUUCGAUUCUUUGAGGAGGGAACGAGAUAUACGGUUGACGACACCAGCACGAACUGUAUUUAAACUGUAUGUACCACAAGGUGGCAGGAAGAAUAACAUAAAGGAAUUUCUUUGGUAUCAUACAGAUUGUUAUUUUACACCAACUAUAAGAAAGAUUGUAGAAGGGGGGGUUGAAUACAAUCUUUUACAAAUUAAAAGAUUCAAGAAACAAUACACUUAAACACAGUAAAACAGAAAACACCAAGUAUUUAAAAAUACGGGUGGAUUGAAUGAUCCACCCGUGAGAUUUUAUAUAGAAGAAUCUGUGGAUUGAUUACAAUUCGCACAGCUGCUGAUUCAUCACUCAAACAAGUUCUAACUCUCAGAUUUUUCUCUCAAGUGAUUUGAACAAGUUCAACUGAUGCUACUAACUUGGUUAUAUACUCCAAGUUUCACAAAGCAUUUAGCUAGAUUACAAAAUGCACUCUAAUCUAAAACAAUGCUGCACAACUUUGUCUUAUGCAUGCUUUCUGAGAUGUCUUCAUCUUUGACCAUCAUCUUGAUUUGAUUCAGAUUGCACUGCAUGAGAUAAGUAUGUUUCUGCUUCUUCUUUAUUUUCCUAAUUAGGCUUCCAUGUCUAUUUUAGUGUAAUUCGAUCCAUGUGAUUUGUCAGACUUAAGCUCUAGUCACUUUCAACUGCUCUCUGCUUCAUCAGUUGAAAGUUCUGGUUACUUUCAACUGCUCUUGACUUCAUCAGUUGAAUGUUGUGCUAGGCUCAUCAGUUGAAAGAAAUACAGACUUCAUCAGUUGAAUGAAUUACAAACUUCAUCAGUUGAAUGCUGUUCCAGUUUCAUCAGUUGAAUACUUUGUCUUCAGUUGAAACAUCAUCCAAUCUUCAUCAGUUGAAUAGUUACAUCUCAUCAGUUGAAUAUCCUUCACUUAGAUAAAAUUACAUGGCAUUGGAUAUUUACAAUUAGCCAUCCUAUUCUACCCAUCCGUUGAUAAUUCCCAAAGAUAAGAAAUAUAACAAUUACAACUGAAAUUUGAUAAAGAUUCUAAGUAAGACAUGUUACAAAAAUGUUUAUGUUAUCAUCAAAAAUUAUUGAUUCCUAACAAUCUCCCCCAAUUUAUGACUGGAGAAGAUGCAGACAUAAAUUCUACACUUGAUGAUAACAAAACAUUAAUAAAAUAAAAUGCAGAAUUUAAAUACAAGAGUUAGAAAAGUUUACAGAUGAUCAUGCUCCUCUAGACUGAGCAGUUACUUGUUCCUAGAAGAUCUUCUUCUUCUGGACUUAAGUUUUUCUUCAAGAAUAUUAAUCUGUUUCUGAAAGAUCCUGUAGAACCAUUCUUCAUCACUAUCUUGUCUGUUGAGCUUGGAUUGGAGAGUCUUCAGAGUAUUCAAGCUAGCAACCUUGAGUUGAUCUUUAGGUCUGAAAAAUCUCCUAACACCUUGAUUGUCCCUAAAUUCCAUGACUGGAGUAGGUUCAUGGUGAAUUUUCUUUCCAGUGUAGGGAAUUUUCAGCCUUCUUUGCAAACUAGCAUCUGAGUUCCAUUCCUUCCUGAUCUCAAGGAUUCUCUUUAGUACCAUUUGCUUUGCAGGUGGUUUAAAUCCUCAUGUCCUCUUCAUAGAUCCAUAUAUUUUUGUUAAAGAGCUGAAUCCCUCAGAAUUCAGAACUCUGUGAAGAGGCCAAAUGACAUCACCUUUGUUUUUGUAAGAGAAUACCAAUCUUUCAGGUAGUUUUGAAGUUGCUUCUAUUCCUCUCACUUCUUGAAGAUCAUCCAGCUCCAGCUCCAACUCAGAUAUUUCUUCAAUGUUAGCAAUAAUGAGAUAGUCAUCAGGAUUUUCAGGUUCUUUUGGAGGUUUAGGAGGGUUAGCCAUCUUCUUAGCAACAGACUUGACUUUCUUCUUUGGCUUGGAAGAUUCUUGAACAAGAAAAGCUGGAAUUGGGAUAUCUUCCAAGUCAACUGGCUCCUCCUUUGGCAUUAUUGGCUCAUCAUGGAAGUUGACAUCUGGAUGUACCACUGUGGUGUCCUUGAUUGGAUAGGAAGGCUUUGAGAUAGGCUUUUCUGGCACUUCUUCUCUUCUCUUGGCUGCCUCAGGCAUCUUAGUUUUAGAUUUGACUCUCUUUUUCUUUGGGGAAGAUUCAAGAGGCAAUCUUUUCUCAUUUAAAAGCUCAGCUGCCAACUCCUCUUCAAGCUCAAUAGCAUAUCUUUCAUCAACCUCUAUUUGAUUCAAAGAGAGUUGAGAUUCAAACUCCUCUUUUUCACAUUCUCUGGCCACCUCUUCAGCUUUUGCAAAUGAGUAGUGAGGAUGGCCAGUUCCAAUAAACAACUUCUGGCCUUCUCUAUAGAUGAUGGCAAAAUGAGCUUUUAAAGCCACAUCUGUACAGUCUUUGUAACUUUUGAUCUCUUGGCCCAAAAGCUUGUAUUCAUUUUUGUCAGGCCUGGCUAGUGGAAAGUAGAUUGAGCUUGAGUCUUUUCCAGGCUUGGAGUAACCACAAUUGUUUGGAAAUAGAAUGGGCUUGAACUCAUUCACAAAUGAUGGCUCACCCUUUUCUCUCUUUGAAGGAAUGACAAUUUCAGGUGUAAUCACCCUGAGAAUUGUAGUUGUGGUGGCUACAGAAGAUUUCUUUCCCAAUUGAGCUACUCUCUUUGCAAUAGAGUUUAAUUCUGCAAUCCUUGCAAGCUUUUGCUUUUCCCUUUCAGUAUGGAAAGGAGGAGGAAUUUGGCUGAUUAAUUCUGCAGGAGUUGGUAAUUCUUUCUCCCCCUUUUUGUUAGCAGCAAGUGUAGAGGAUGAACUGGGAAGUGAAACACCAGAGGAAAGAAGAAGAUGUUGAAGAAGUCCAGUCUGAAUUCUUUGAUGCUGCAACAUCUCUUCCAUUCUAGAGUUUAAGAUGUGGACAUUUCCUUCCAGAACUUCCACUUGCUUUUCCAACUUAAGUUGCUUUUGCUCAGAUUCAGAAAGUGCUGAUUUCACUUUAGCUGGAAGCUUUUCAUCAAUUUGCUUGGUCAAAUCAGUCUUGACAGAGACAAUGAGAGAAUUUAGAUGCUCUAUCUCAUGCUGAAAAUGGAGAGAUUGAUACUUGUGAAGCUUGAGGUUGUCCAGAGCCUGACUGGCAACAGUAGCAGAGAUGGAUGAAGAGGAGGAUGAGCUUCCAGAUUGUGGUUGAAGAAUGGUGGAGACUUGCCUUUGUAGUUCCAAGCUAACUAUAGCUGCAUUGGCAGACUGCAUGGAGACCCAAGAAGGAAGAGAGGUGGGAAGUUGUUGGUCACCAAGAGAUUCCUCAAGAGCAUCAUUGAGGUCUUCAUCACUAUCAUCAUAUUGAAAGUCAUCUCCAGCAUUGGCAGGCAAAGCUGUAAGUGCCUCCUUUGCUCUAAUCAUUGAAGAUGUAGUGUGAAUCAGAUUGAGGUGCCUCUCAGCUGCUUGAUUAUCAAUUCUGGCAAAGUCUUGAAUAGUAGUCAUCCCAUGAGUAAAAGUCUCAGGGUCUAGUGAAAUACCAUCCAAUAUGGAUCUGUAUUCAGCUUGAAAAUCUUGUUCACUAAACCCUUCAUUGACACCUGCAUUUCUCUCAAUUUCUCUCUUUUCUUGCAUCAAGGGCUCCCCUUGGCUCACCACACCACUCACCUCUCCCUCACUUACCCUUACUAAAGGGUCACUCUUAUCCUCUCCUUUUUCCUGGCUAGAAGAAAAUGCCAGACUCUCCACACCCUCUCCUUUUGCCAGCUCACUAGGCUGCCUCUCCACUCCAUAGCUCACUGCACUCAAUCCUAGAAGUGUUUGUGCUACCAUGUGAUCAACUGCUGUAGAAGGAGGUAAAUUAAUUGAAGUAACAGCAGUUGUCAACUGAUGAGGGACAUCAGUUGAAACAUGAGUAGAGGAGGCUUUCAACUGAUGAGAGUUGUUAAGCAGAUCAGUUGAAGGACAAACACUAUUCAACUGAUGAAGGAGAUCAGUUGAAGAUAAUGAAGAAAUAGGUUUAGAAGCUGUGAUAGUUGAGUCUGUGGUGAUUGAUUUUAGAGGAAAAUCCACAGAACACACUGUCACAGAAGAAGGAAUUGGAAGAGAAAGAUCCAACAAAUCAUCAAAAUGAUGAUGAUCAAUCUCAGAGGGGGGCUUCUCCAAGAAAUCCAAAGAUGGAGAAUUUCCAAGUGUGGUGUGAAUUAAUUCCACAUCCACAGAAGAGGUUGGGGAUUGUGUUUGAGUAGUAGAGAUGGUAAGAUCAUGAAUAUGGGUGAUUUGUUGAGAUGAAGAAGGGGGCUGUGACUCCACAUUUAUUGGAGUCACAUCAAUCUGACUUUGAGAAGUUAUUGCCUGUGUGUGUGCUGAGUGCUUGAGUUUGUCACUUCUCAACUUCUUUCUCCCAUAAGCUUUUAUUGGUGAAGAAGUGGUGUCCCUCCCCCUUUUUAACUGUGUCCCUGGUUGGGGACUAUUUUCAAUAGCAACAUCCUUUUGGGAGGAUGAUGCUAGGGAUGAGUUAAAUUCCAUAUUAACAUCUACAGUCUUUUGCAGAGUGGCCAGGCUGGUCAACACACACCUCUCCAUCCUUAUGCUUAGGGCUUCUUUUAUGUUCACCCUUUCCCUCCCCCUCACAACCUCCAAACACACUCCCCUCAGGUUUGUUUUUCUUGGAUUUUACAACAGGUGCCUUUUGGGAGGCAUCUGAGGUUGGUUUAGAAGACUUGGAUUUAGAAGGUUUUGCCACUUGUGUGGACUGUUGAUGGGCCUCUUCAACAGCCCUGAUGGCAGAAAGCAAGGAAGAUGAGGGUUGGGAAGGAGUAGUAGGAAAGCCAUGUACCUCUUUUUCCUUACCAGCCUCCAUUAUUGGCAGGUACACCACCUCCAAGGAGGGAUAUAGAUUCAUCCUUAAGAGGUCUUUAAAGACUCUCUUUUCCUGCACAAAACUGGGAAGCUUGGCUUCCUUGUUAGUGAUGACUAGCUUUGCAUUAAGAUGAUUAGCUAGCAUCAUGAGAAAUCUAACAUAAUAAAUAUUCCUAGGUCUAUCAGUUUUAUCACCUAGUUUCUCCCCAAUUUCUUGGAUCAUCAAACCACCAAAGUUGAAAUAUUCAUUAGUCAGGUACAUGUAAAGCAUUUGUAAAAUCUGGGAAGUAAGAGCAUUGAAAUUACUAAUUUUACCAGAAAAUGCCUUAAUAAAAGCAUCACACAAAUAACUCCAUUCUCUCCUAAGACCUAUUCUUUCUAUUUUUCCUAAGGCAUCAGUUGGCAAAACAUAGUUCAUGGCAUAAAGUAAAUUAACCAACUGAACAUCACUAGGCAAAGAUAAAACAGUAUCUUCAGGAAUUUUAAAGCAUGCUUUCAUAACAUCAGCAUUAACAGAAUGAAUUUCAUUAUUAAUAGAGAAGGUUAGAGUUUCAUUCUCACUAUUGAACUCUGCAGAGGUCCACAUCUCCUCCACUAUUUCAUGGUAGAUGGUAGGAGCUCCAAGCAUAGCAUAGGAGAGCUGACUUGACUUGAUGAACUCCAUCAUCUUGUGAUACUCCUUCUCUUCCACUGCCUUGGUAUCCACAAAUGAUGCGAAGUUGUUCUUCUCAUAAAUGAACCCACUUGGUGCAGUAUACUUCUUCAUUGGUGCCAUUGCAGUUACAGAGAAAGCUUGAAGGAAAAUUAGAGCUUGUUUUUGCACAGAGAGAGAAGAGAGCUUUAAGAAUUCGAAAGAGUGAGAUGAAAAGAAAUGAAAAUAAAUUAAAACACUUAAAUACUUUCUCAGAAAAUUGCUGUGAUUGGCUGAGAAAUUACCGUUGAGAAGAAAUUACUCUUAUUGAACUCUACAAAAAUUACACACACGAUCGUGUGUAUAAAGUAGGAGAGAGACAAAAGAAAUUUCAACGGCUCAGAUCUGAUAAUGCUUUCAACGGAUGGAAUAAGCGCCUCUUUAAACUUCCUGUUCAACUGAUGAAGAUCAGUUGAAAGCGUUUUCAACUGGUGUCAUCAGUUGAAUGAAAAACAGAACAAGAGGAUAUUGUUUCAAACAUCAGUUGAAACAAUUUCACUAGUUCAUCAGUUGAAAUAUUAUAGACUAUAUCCAGAAUUAUAACUAAUUCAAUUUUGAUAAAUCAAAAUUAAUCAAAUUCUGGAUGCCAAAUUACAGAAAAAUUCACUCUUAAAUUAGGAGAAAUUUAACAUACCUAAUUUACUUACCAACCUUGUGAAUGUGGAUUCAUCAAGAGGCUUUGUGAAAAUAUCUGCAAUCUGUUCUUCACUUGGAACAAAAUGCAUUUCAACAGUACCAGCCAUCACAUGUUCUCUUAUGAAGUGGUAUUUGAUGUCAAUGUGCUUGGUUCUUGAGUGUUGU